UUGACAAGGUCUGGGCCAUGGCGCUGUUCCUUGUCCUGCCGUUUCUAGGCGGCGCUGCCCUUUCUGUGCUCCCGGCUACCGCCGCUGGACCACACAGUCUUCAUUACAACCUCACGGUGCUGUCCCGGGAUGGAUCUGUGGAGCCCAGCUUUUUCGCUGGGGGACACUUGGAUGGCCAGGCCUUCCUGCACUGUGACCGUGAGACAGGCAGGGUAGAGCCCCGGGGACUGUGGGCAGAAGAGCUGGGAGCUGAGACGUGGGACACAGAGUCCAAGGACUUGACAGAGACCUGGAAGGACCUCAGAAAGCUUCUAGCAGAAAUCCUGGCCCUGCAGGAGGAGAAAGGAGGUGUGAAUUCCCUCCAGGAGAUGGUGGGCUGUGAAAUCCAAGAAGACAACCACGCCUGGGGCUUCAGGUUUCUCUGCUAUGAUGGGGAGCUCCUCCUCUCCUGUCACCCAGAGACCCAGGGCUGUACAGUGCCCCAGUCCUUGGCUCGGAACUGGGCCAUGGAAAUGGAGAAGUUCGGGGACACAGAUAGCUUUCAAAGCAAGUAUUACUGGGCCCACGUGCAGGGAGAGCUUUGUGGAAGACUGCGGGGCUAUCUGGAAUCCUGGACAGGCUUCAGGGAGAGAACAGGGCCCCCAGCCGUGAACGUGACCCGCAGCCAGGACUCGGAGGGCACAGUCAACCUCACAUGCUGGGCUUUCGGCUUCUUUCCCCGGAAUAUCUCAGCGGCCUGGUUUUGGGAUGAGGAACCCAUGAGGCGGGACACCCAGCAGUCAAGGGUGUCCUGCCUGAUGGGAACGGGACCUACCGGACCUGGGUGACCAUAAGGGUUCCCCAAGGAGAGGAACAGCGUGUCAAGUGCCACGUGGAACACAGCGGGAAUCACAGUGCACACACUGCGCCCUCUGAAGAAGAAGAAGACAGCAUCAGCUGUGGGGAG